UGGUAUGACUGGCAACAGACCUGGGGAUGAAACAAGCGAAGACAAUCAACCUCUUCUACAAGAUUUGUCAUACGAGGGAGGAGACUUCGCCAACAGUGGCUACAGGCCUGACGUACCAGAUGUGAAUAGGGAACUUAACCUGGCAUGAUGGUUGUCUGCGAAGAUAUGGUUCAGCCAAUUUUAAGACUUGGAGUAAGCGUCGCAGACAUUCACUUUCAACUUAAUGGGAUAAUCUGCUCGAGUACGCGUCUGUCGAGGCCUAGAUGGUGACGGCGCAUGAUCACUUGACGCCCCGCACCGUCCCCGCUUUCAACCACUUUCCCUAAUAUACCCUUACUCCAACACCCAUACUCGAGGACCCGGGCAACAAAGCGCUGGAUUUUUCAUCGAGCCGACAAAGCGUAAAAUUUUCUUUUCCGUCUGGAAUUUCCCGGUUUAAUUUCUUUGUUGGCCAAAUUUGAAAAGAAAAGAUCGCCCCAGAUGUCUCCCAGAACCACCACGGUGACUCUCCCUCAAAUCGCCAAGAUGAUUGACCACUCCCUGCUACAUCCAACCAUGACGGACGCCGAGAUUUACGCCGGCCUCGAACUAGCUAAGAAGCACCAAGUCGCCGCCGCCUGCGUGAAACCUUAUAGUGUCCCCGUAGCCAAGGACGCCCUCGACGGUACUGGGGUCCUCAUCUGCGCCGUCAUCGGCUUCCCGCACGGCAACAGUGCCACACACAUCAAAGUCACCGAAGCCAUUGAUGCCGUCGAGUGCGGCGCCCAGGAAAUCGACAUGGUGGUCAACGUGGGCAAGGUCCUCGGCGGCGACUGGGAGUACGUGACCAAUGAGAUCCGGUCAAUCAACACAUCCGUGACCAAACUCGGCGCGGUUCUUAAAGUCAUCUUCGAGAAUGAUUACCUCCAGGACGAGCACAUUGUUUACUUGUGCAAGAUCUGCUCGGUGAUUUCGGUUGCGUUUGUCAAGACGUCGACUGGGUAUGGAUUCGUCAAGCGUGAGGACAAUGGGUGUUAUUCGUACAAGGGAGCUACAAGGCCGCAUCUAAAGCUCAUGAAGGAGAAUUUGGGACCCAAUGUGCAGAUCAAAGCCGCAGGACGGAUCAGGACACUGGAUCAAGUUUUGUGUGCUAUGGAGUUGGGGGUCGCGAGGAUUGGAGCUUCGGCUACGGAGAGUAUUUUGGAGGAGGCGAGGGCGAGGGGGAUUGGCGAGAUGCCUGUGGAGGUUCAGAUACAAGGGUGAGGAUACAGUUUAGGGGUAUAUACACCAGUGAGUGGGUACCUUACUUAGCUUGGAGAGAAUGAUUACAAUGUCGGCCUAUAAGAUUGAAACUCAAUUGAUGCAAAGCAACGAAUUGUGAUCGGGUGAUGACAAGGUCGCGUAGGUUUCCGAAAAGACUUGAAUCUACUGAUCAUCGAAUUCUUCGGAUGUUUCGGAUAUUACGAAACUUGCAAUGCCGACAUUCGACC